CCCUCUCCAGCGCUGCCGCGGGACUCAGCCUGGCGAUAAAAGGCUGCGGGGCGGCCGGAGGCGGCUCAGAGAGCGACGGGAGGCGAUGAUGAUCCCGCAGCUCUGAGCGCUCCGGGAGCGCACCGGGGGUCGGGGGGGGCUGCGUGCGCCCCGUGCCCGCGCCAUGAGCGCGCUCAGGCUCGUGGCGUUGGCAGCGCUGUGCACGGCCGCAUCCCAACGCCGGGCAAUGGACGUGGGCAGCCGUCGGCGAUGGCACCGCGUGCAGCACGGGCACUGCAGCUACACCUUCGUGCUGCCCGAGGCAGAGCCGUCGCCGUGUCCUCUGGCCGCCCCCGGUCCCGUCAACGCGCUGCAGCGGGAUUCACCGUCCGGUAGCGGACACGCUGCCCGAGGGGCUGCUCAGCGCCUGCAGCACCUGGAGAGGAUCCUGGAGAACAGCACUCAGUGGUUGCUGAAGCUGGAGAGCUCCAUCCAGAGCAGCAUGAAGCCAGAGGUGUCGCGGCUGAGGCAGACGGCGGUGCAGAACCACACGGCCACCAUGCUGGAGAUCGGCAGCUCCCUGCUGAACCGCAGCGCCGAGCAGAGCCGCAAACUCACCGACGUGGAGGCACAGGUGCUGAACCAGACGUCCCGCAUCGAGAUGCAGCUGCUGGAGAACUCCCUGUCCACCACUAAGCUGGAGAAGCAGCUGCUGGUGCAGACAAACGAGAUCCACCGGCUGCAGAGCAGGAACAACAUCCUGGAGGUGCGGGUGCUGGAUAUGGAGGCAAAGCACCAGGCGGAGCUGGCGGGGAUCCGUUCAGAGAAGGAGAGGCUGCAGCACCUGGUGAGCCGGCAGAGCGGCACCAUCGAGGAGCUGGAGAAAUCUCUGCUGGCAGCCAACGCCAACGCCAGCCUGCUGCAGAGACAGCAGCUGCAGCUCCUGGAGUCGGUGCAGAGCCUGGUGCGCCUCGUGGCAGAGGGGAGAGCCGUGCUACCCGGUGAGGAGCAGCGCUUCCAGGACUGCACCGAGGUGCUCCGGGCUGGCAGCCGCACCAGCGGGGUGUACACCCUGCACAUCACCAACCUGAGCGAGCCCAGGAAGGCAUUCUGUGACAUGGAGACAGACGGCGGCGGCUGGACGGUCAUCCAGCUCCGCACCAACGGCAGCGUCAGCUUCCAGCGGGGCUGGAGGGAGUACAAGCAGGGCUUUGGGGAUGCGGCGGGGGAGCACUGGCUGGGCAAUGAAGCCGUGCACCUCCUGACGAGCCGGGAACCCUACGUGCUGCGCGUGGAGCUGCGGGACUGGGAGGGCAGCCAGGUCUAUGCCCACUAUGGGAGGUUUCAGCUGGACAGUGAGCGGCAGCUCUACAGGCUCUCACUGCAGGACUACAGCGGCACAGCCGGGCAGCAGAGCAGCUUGGCCAUGCAGGGCACCAACUUCAGCACCCGCGACGCCGACAAUGACAACUGCCUCUGCAAGUGUGCCCAGAUGCUGUCAGGAGGGUGGUGGUUCGACGCCUGCGGGCUCUCCAACCUGAAUGGCAUCUACUACCCGGCACGGCACAACGUCCGCAAGCUGAACGGCAUCCGCUGGCACUACUUCCAAGGGCCCAGCUACUCACUGAAGGGCACCCGCAUGCUGAUACGGCCUGCAGGCUUUUAGCCAGUCUGAGCGGUGCAGCAGGAGGAUGGAGCCCCUGCAGAGCUUUCCCCCAUGGUUUUAUUCUCACUCUUGUUUCUCUCAGAUCUCAGCACUGACUCUGAGCCAGCCCCAUCCCUGCAAGCUGCAGCACAUGGAUCCCAUUCCCUCCUGGUUUCUCCUUAUUUCCCUCACAUCUGCAGGACUCCGGGCUCCAUGCUGUGCAUCUGGGACCACCAGACCUCCUACACGAGUCACACGGGGGCAGACAGACCACACUUUGCCUUUUGUAUAUAUUUUAGAGAAUUGCCCUAAAUUCCCCAUUGCUUUGCUUUUCCUGCAGGAUGAGCAGAACCAGCAUGUGAGUGCAUGGCAGUGGUAUCCCUCCUCCCUGCAUGGCCAUGAAGGGGGACACAGCUGUCCCCUCCUGCAUGCACUCUCCCCAUGCAAGGGGACCACUGGUUGUGCACAUCCCAAUGGGACAGGGACAGCGUGAGGGGAUGGAGGUGCCACCAGGGGCAUGGGGCACCUGGCCCCUGUGCAAUGGCCAAUAGCUCUGGGGUUGGGUGCCAGCACACAGGGGUGGUGGAGAUGGGGGCAGUACAUGGUUAUGGGGCUGUGGGCUGAGGUGGGGCACAAGGAUGAUGGUGGGAGCUUGGAGCUGGGGAUGCAGGUGCUGGUGGGGCUGACACCCCACUUGUUUUAUUGGCAUGGAGAAUCCAGACUUGGAGGCACGUUUGGUGACAGCCUGGAGAAGGUGGGGCAAAAUCCCCCCUCACCCACCCACGUCCACCACCCACCCACAGAUCUCAGCAUGAGAACUCUUAUUUUUGUACUAAGAGAUAUUUAUUGGCCAAGAGCUGCACCAGGCAGCACCCAGCCCUGCCCUGACAGCAGCAUGAUGCCCCCAGACCCUCACUGGCCUCACACUGCAGCAGCUGGGACAGAAGCAGAGCGAACACCGGGGGGUCUCUGCUUACAGGACAGCGACAGGAGAGUCACCCCAUGCACAGCUCCCACCUUUGCCAAGUGCUCUGGCAGAGGUGGGGAUGGGAGCUGUGGCUAUGAGCUCACUACAGGGGAAGCAGCAGCGCUGCCUCAGCCCCACGUUCACACUAUGUAUGAUCUCCACAUAAAGGACCUUUCAUCAGUCUCCCUGUUACAUCUGCAUCAUUAAGGGGGUGCAGCCCCAUCCUGACCCGCUGAGCCCUGAUUGAGCUCAGAGCACGGAUGAGGGCUCAGUGACACCCAGCUCCACAGCACUUCCCAUCUUAUCGUGGGCCAUCCCUGUCCCCCUUGACCCUAUUGCCACUAGAGGUCCUCCACAGCCUGGUGACAUCGCACAGCAUCCCCAUCCAUAGAGGACAGGAAUGACAUUGUGCCCUAGUGGAUCCCCAGCAGCUCUACCACAGGCCAUGAGCUGCCACCCCCCCCCGCCCCAGCACCCAUCCCUCAGACACCCUGCAGGCCUGCUCCUUCCCCUCCCCCCCAUUCAUAAGGCAUUUGCUAAUUAACACUGAUUAAAACAUGUGAUGCAGCUGGCAACUUCCUCCGAGGUGCUCAUCCGGCUGUGCUUAAUAACUGAAAAAUGGGAACAGCAUUAAAGGUGGGAUCACCUGCAAA